AUGGAAAUUCUCCACUUAAUGGCUGCCGCUUCUAGCUCUGGCGCUCUUAAUCUCGAAGGUCUUGCAUCGUGUGGAAUGGCGGGUCCAUCGUCUAUCCCCAAGGGGACCCCGAAUGAAAAAAGCGUACGAAGGCAUGAUUGCUGCGAUCAGGAGCUGCUUAACAUCAUUGAGAACAGGAGAUCUCAGAAGAUUUGGUGGAGGAUAAGCGAACCAACACUGGGAUCUGAUCAUAGCCGCAGUGAAGUGUUGGGAUGCAAAGACGAUGGUUUUUAG